AUGGAAUUAAGUUUUGGAGUAAUCACUGUUGAAAUUGAGAGUGAAGGCAGGAACCAAACUACUCUGGCAAAACAAAAUAUAAUUGGAUCUAUCGUCAUGUUUACCUCAGCUACUCUGUCCCCACUGUCUUUUCUAAUCAUCCAGUGCCUGGGAGAAAAUGGAUAUCGAUUUGGAGCCAUGAUUGGCAUCACACUGAAAUCUUUGAGUUUUCUGUCUUCCUCAUUCAUUUCUUCAAUCAACUGGUUGUUCCUGACACACAGUAUUAUAGGAGGGAUGGCGAAUUCCAUUAUGCUUGUUGCAGUUUCUCAUAUACUCGGGGAACAUUUUCAUCAACAGCAUAGGUUUCAUGUAUUUGCCACAAGCGUCCUAAGUAUUAGUUUCCCCUUAGGUGGCUUGGUAUUCAAUCCAAUGAAUACAAGACUAGUACUAAAUUAUGGAUGGAGAGGAACUUUCCGAAUAUCGAGUGCCUUUACAUUCGUCAUUGGUAUGAUAUGUAGCUCUUUGUUAUUCCCCUAUAAAAGUGAUUUGGUGGAUUCUGGAUCUAAUAAAGAUGCUUCUGUUGAAAUGAAAACACGGUCUGACGAUAUGUACAGCUCAAUUGAUGGAACUAAAGCCGAUACUGUUGAAUUAAAAGAUGUAGAAUCAAUUGAGAAUGAUGCUCGCGAUACAACAAAACUGAUACCAGCAUCAGCUAAAGACAAAAUGAAAUGUGUAAAGAAAACAAAAACUGACAUUAAAAACAGUGAUUCUAGAAAGGAUCUACCUCAAACAGAGGAAACUCCAUUGUUUACAAAAAAAGAAACUUCACCAGGUGAAGACAAAUCUACAAAGAAAACCCAUGAUGAUAUUACAAAUGAAAAGUCCAGAAAAGAAAUAAGUGACCCUGAGCGUACACCUCUGUUUAUAAGUCUAGAAACUAUUGUUACAUAUCCCGAGACUGUACUAUGGAUCAUUGGCAUUGGUAUGACGAGAGGCCUUCUUCGUUUGCCCUAUCUUAACAUGGCAAUUUACUUGGACAACAAAGGAAUAUCAAGAAUGGAUGCUUCUUAUAUUUUGAUGGUGUUAAGUAUUGCUGAAGGAAUAACCUACAUCAUCGCAGCUGCUGUAGGGGAUUGCUGCAAAGGACGACUUAUAUACACCCAUCUCGCUGCAACACUGGGAAUGAGCCUCCUAAAUCUGGCAUGGCAAUUCAUUGAUGUCAACUAUACAGCUAUAAUGGUGUUAGCAAUAAUAAAUGGAGGGCUGCUUGCAUUGACAACGGUCUAUUUAUAUUCCUGCACGUGCGAGGUCCUUCAACAUCUCUCAAACAAGUUAGCCUUCAACCAGACACUGGCAUGGGUGGGUAUCCCAGUACUAGUCAUUCCACCUAUAUUUGGUUUAAUUUAUGGAAUUCGUGAAGUAUUCGACGAUGUACAGCAUGGGAUGAGUGUAGCAUACUUUCUCAAUGCAGCUAUAUAUUUGGCUAUCAUCUUGAUCAAAAAGAGACGCAAUUCAAGAUAGGAAUAAGUAAACUGAUUCUAACAACAGACAGGGUAGGAAUAAACUGUAAACAAAUACUAUGUGGUUGGAAAGAUAUUGAAAAGUUGUACACUGAACAGAAUCUUUUGAUCUUUAUAUAUCAACCAAAAAUUUCUAAAGUUAAGGUUAAUGUCCUGUUGCAAAACUCAAUACUUCAAUACAAUGUUUUCAAUACUUUUAAACUACAGGCAUUUAUUUAUUAACAGAAAACCUUAAGAGAAAUGCACAGA